CUGCCCACAAGCAAUAUGGCAGCAAGGGCGUCGCUGGAAGGUUGGGCGGAGACAGCAGUUCUCGCGACAGUCGUGCUUUCGGGUCUAUAUCCGGCGCAAUCGUCCCACCUUCCGGUCUUUCGGCUUUCGGCUAGGAGGAGGCGAAGGUGCAACUUUCUUCGGUCGUCCCGAAUCCGGGUUCAUCCGACACCAGCCGCCUCCACCAUGCCGCCUAAGUUUGACCCCAACGAGAUCAAAGUCGUGUACCUGAGGUGCACCGGUGGGGAAGUCGGUGCCACGUCUGCCCUGGCCCCCAAGAUCGGCCCGUUGGGCCUGUCUCCAAAAAAGGUCGGUGAUGACAUAGCCAAGGCAACUGGUGAUUGGAAGGGUCUGAGGAUUACAGUGAAACUGACCAUUCAGAACAGACAAGCCCAGAUUGAGGUGGUACCUUCUGCUUCUGCCCUGAUCAUCAAAGCCCUCAAGGAACCACCAAGGGACAGAAAGAAGCAGAAAAACAUUAAGCACAGUGGAAACAUCACUUUUGAUGAGAUUGUCAACAUUGCCCGGCAGAUGCGGCACCGGUCUCUAGCUAGAGAACUUUCUGGAACCAUUAAAGAGAUCCUGGGGACCGCCCAGUCUGUGGGUUGCAAUGUUGAUGGCCGACACCCUCAUGACAUCAUAGAUGAUAUCAACAGUGGUGCAGUGGAGUGCCCAGCUAGUUAAGAACUGCAAAGGAAAAAGAAAAAUAAAGGAUCAUUUGACAACCAGUGGACUUUCUGAUGUAGCUUCUUCCUUGGCGGGGGCAGGGGAGCCGAGUCUUUGUAGUCAAAUUGUGGUCAUUGGGGCCAAGGUGACAGAUGAAGCAGCAAUCUGUGUAGAACAGAAUUCUGUCCUCAAGAAAAUACUGUUGGUCAGAAAGAAAACUUGGGAGUUGAACAUAAUAGAAAAUAUGUGUGGAAGAAGCUCUUCCCAAACCAG